GUGUGUGCGUGUUGCUCGAGGGUGAAACGGACCUUCGCUUUUUUCUUGCAGAGCGACAGCGACCAUCGAACGUAGCGGAGCUCGAUCGUCCCGUGGUCCGCGGUGUUUGUAAUUAAGUUUUUUGCGUUAAAACCCAAAAACACUUGCGUGCGUGUGCUUGUGUAAUUUAGUGUGUGUGUGCGCCCGGAAGUGUGUUGUCCCCUUCCCUUCGCUUUCCCCUUCUGUGCAGCGCUAGCACAAAGAGGUGUUUUUUUUCCGCCAGCUCCUUUACCCAACCGCGCCCCGCCCACUGGAGAAGAAGGGUGGCGGGGUGACAGCAGCACUCCAUCCUAGCACUCCAACCCACGGCUCCCUCCUUCGCCCGAAAGUCUCCGCAUGACUCUGAUACUGGUGCUGCUGUUUCUGAAGAACAUUUGCGUGUUUCUGAACAAGCUCGUGCUGCGGUGCUACAACUCCUUCCUGAUACACCCGCACCUCCGCCAUCCGGACGGUGGCAAGUACGGCGGCUACGGUGGAGGCGGCGGCGGCGGUCUGGGUGGUGGUGGUGGAGGCGGCCACAGUGGCACGGCAGGGCUCGGGGUACGUCCGCGCCGCACCCGCCGCAACCGGGCGGAACUGAUGUACCAGCGGGACACCGGCGGGCUGGCGUACGGGGACCGAGCAACGCACUACUACAACAAUCACUAUUGAGAGAGAGGAGAGGGAAGAGGAAAGAGAGAGAAGGAGCGAUCCGUUCGGUAGGCAUGCAUGAGUGCUAGACCGCCGUCACAGCGUGCGCACCAGAGGGCCAGGGGAGGCGUAGGAGGAGGAGGAGUAGUAGGAGGACGGUUCGGCAGCACGGCAAGAGCAGCGACGGAAGCGUUGGUGGGGACGGUGGCGGGGACAGGCGGUGACGAGGACGAGCUGAUGACGAUCAACGAAAACCGGAAUGUCGGAGGGGUUGGGGGCGGCAGCAUCGGUGGCCUUGGGCCCAGCGAUACCGAACCGAGCGCAAUAUCCGCCUCCAACUCGUCCCUCUCGUCCGCCUCCUCGUCGGAGGCCGGUUCGGUGCACUCCGACGGUGAGCAGCAGCAGCAGCAAUCGUUGCAGCUGCUAGAGGACGACGGGCCAGGGCCGUCCGGGCGACAUCCGAUGGAUGCGACCAGCUCGUCGUGCUGCCCGGACGGCAGCUUCGCGGGGCAGGACCAGGAGCGGCCGCUCGUGAACGGCUGCGAGGACCUGUGGAGCUGGAACAAGCGGGACCGGUCGAAGGAGGUGUGGCUGAGCCGGUCGGACAAUCGGCGCGUCUACUUCCACCCGAACUGGAGCAAGGGGACGGCCGGCAUUCGGGGUACGCGCGUCCUGAACAACGGCCGCUACUACUGGGAAAUCAGCCUAUCGCAGCGCGUCUUCGGCACGAGCAUGAUGUUCGGCAUCGGUACGAAGAAGGCCCGGCUGCACGUGAACAUGUUCACCAACCUGCUCGGCGAGGACCGGAACGGCUGGGGCCUUUCGCACAAGGGACUGCUGUGGCAUGGAGGCGUCGCCCGCAACUACACCAAGCGCUUUAAGGAAAACCAACCGACCAAGAUUGGGCUCCUGUUCGACGGCAUUGCCGGUACGCUUACGUACUACAAGGAUGACGUCUGUCUCGGCAUUGCCUUCCGUGGGCUGAAUGAGGUCCGAGAGCCACUGUACCCGAUCGUUUGCUCGACCGCGGCCAAGACAGAGAUGCUGCUGUCGGAGACGCGCCGGGACUUUGUGAACCUGCAGGACCGGUGCCGGGCCAUCAUCAUCAAGCACAUUAACACGCGGGAAAAGCUGGACCGGCUGGCGCUGCCGUACUUCAUCAAGAACUAUCUGGCGGAGGCGGUCACGGAGAGCAGUGCGACGGUGACGCCGCUCGAGCUGCACCUCAUCGAUCAGUAUCUGUACUGAGCGGUAGUGAGAGAGUAGUAUAAUUGAAACACCCGCAGCGUGGGUGAGCUAGUUUAUUGUUGGGUUUGGUAUUACUUUCUGUUUUUUUCGAUGUAUCCCCAUUACAUACGUUCCUUACGUUAAUACGGCUAUACCGAACUUAUGCUUAAGUUGUUAAACACUCUACACGCGUACCGGGUUUAUUUGGUUGCAAAUGGUACACAGUCAUUUUGCUAUGACGCAAGAGGUUCUAGUUAGACAGCUAUGGGGGGUUCCUUAACCGGAUUUAACGCCCUCUAGUGCGAAUUUCUCGUAUCUCUUUCAUUGCCUUACUCUUUCUUUUAGUAAAGCAUACGAGCCGAGAAGCGAGAGAAGGAACGGGGGCAGAACCAACACGUCGAUCCGUUCCGACGUGACAGCGAGUAACAUUCUAGUCAUACUAGUCAGUCGGCCACUUGCGGCAGGGGCACAGUAGGUGAAAGUGUAAAAAAAAGCGAAACCUUUACUGCUGCUCGCAUGCUGGCCCUGUACACAUACUAGUCGAAAGAGUGAGAGAGAGAGAGAGAGAGAGGCAAAGAGUCUCGCAUAGGCAAAGCAUUUAGAAGGUGUAGAAGCUCCAGUUGCAAAACUGCACCAAAUCGAACGAAAGCUGGGUUGGAAAGCUAGGUGGAAAAACAGGACACAGGUCUCUCUGGUUCGUUCGGUUUGCUACCGUUCUGUACAUAUUUAUUUGGUGCAAGUUCUUGUGGAAAGGAUGGAAGACAGCACGAGGGAGGGCAGUACAGUAUGAAGGCAAGACGUUGCGGAAGGAAAUGAAAAAAAAAAACGGAGAAUGUGGCAAAAUUUAGCAACCCGUUUAAUCGGGAAUUUAGGCAUUUAAGCUUUUCAGUAAGAAGGUACAGAGUUAUUGCGGGGCGUGAGUGUUUGUCUGAGCUGUGUGUGUGUCUGGUGUGUGAAGAUGAAUGAUCGAAGGGGCAAGAACGCGUGAUUUUGUAUGUGUGUGUGAGGAAUUAAUGUUUCGAAAUUGGUGUGUGUUUUUUAAAAAAUAUUUUAACCUCUUUUCUGUGAGGAAUUAUUUUGUGUGAUUUUGUGAUGUGAUACGUAUUAUGUACUGGCUAGUCAUAAAAUGUCUUCAUUUAUGUAUUUAUGUCUUUAUGUGUAUUUUUAUAAUAUUUUUUUAUGUCUAUUUUUGUACCUGCAAAGACCACGGUUGGUGCUGUUAUUAAGUUCGUUCUAGUUUCCUAAUGUAAAUUUAACAUUUUUAAAUUUUAAACAUUAUCAUUUUGCAUUUUCCAAAACACAACCAAAGUGUGAAUGUGGGUCGAUCAAAAUUGUGCGACUGCGAAAAGAAGAUAAAAUUCGGUAACAAUUUUGCCGCGGAUACACGAGCGUAAGGUAGUGGAAUAGUAGAAGAAGAAACCAAAAAAAAACCCCAUGAAAACAAAACCAAAACCAAAAAAAUAAGAAAAGAAGGACUGCUUUUACGUUGAUGAUUAUGAUCUUCUGUUUCAAAAUUUAAGAAAAAAAUCGGGCCACGUUCGGGCUGGCGGCGAAGGCGAACGUCUCGCGGCGCCACCAUGCCACGAUCGUCCCAACGGAGCACAAAUGUAAACUAUGAAUUUUUGGAAUUUUAGCGAUAGGGCAAAAGCAAAUAGUAGGGCGCACAGGAGAAAUCGAAAGCCUGUGUAAGAAACCAAGCAGAAAAUCACACUAAUAACACUCACACUCGGGGAGUGUACUCUACAUUCUGGCGUUUAGAGGUUAGGCAAAAUUAUGUAAGUGGUGUAGUGUAAGAGGAAGCAGCCGUGGAUUUGGAACAGGCACCGACAUCCCCUCCGACAACUGUCUCUUGGCCACUGUUGCCAGCAGUGCAGUGGGGCGUGUCCACGUGCUUUCCAUCCACGCGGCUCUGCUAGUCCGUUAGUCUGAUGAUAGCAGGAGCACCCGAGCGCUCUCUAGCGUGUUUUUUUGGCAACUGGAUUUUUAGGCGCAACCAAAUUGUACCACUACCGCCGUAAUGUCCGCUGUACCGAAUUAAUUGGCUGUUUUCUCGUUUUUUGGCAUAACGUGUGCGUGAUCUUGUGCGUGUAUGUGUGUGAGUGUAUGUGUGCGCGCGUGUGUGUGUGUUCAUGCUUUGUAUGAAGAAGAAGAAAAAGAAAAAAAGAAUUAUAGAUUUGCUACUACGUUUUUGAAGGAAUUAAGUAAAUAAUUGAAACAAAAAAAAA